UACAACAAAGGCACCAAGUACUACGACUACAGAGACGCCAACCACGACGACCACCCGCGCACCGUCACGUCUCCGCGAAAUCGACGGCAGCCUCAGCAGCUCGGCGUGGGUGUGUGCCCCGCUGGUGCUCGCCGCAUCCGCGCUGGCGUGCACCACUCUGGGCUGA